GUGACUGUUGAGUUCACAUGAGCCUGGUGGUUUUGACAUUUUCCCCAAGGAGUUAGCUACAAGGUGUGGUUUAGAUGGAGGAGAAAAGCAAGCAGGACCACAGGGCUUUGCUCAACCAAGGAGAAGAGAACGAACUGGAGGUGUUUGGUUACCAGACCCAGAACGUCCGCAGAGUCUUCUGCCUUAUAGCUUCUGUGCUGACCUGUGGGGCUCUUCUGCUGCUGUUCUACUGGCGACCCCAUUGGAGGGUGUGGGCCAGUUGCAUCCCUUGCCCCUUGCAAGAAGCAGAUAUUGUCUUGCUAAGGACAACGGAUGAAUUUCAAAGAUAUAUGAGGAAGAAGGUGAUCUGCCUCUCCUUAUCCACACUCAAGUUUCCUGUGAGCAAGAACCCGGAAGAACCCCUUGUAGCUGACCACCACUCUGUCAUAAACCAAGCUGUACUGAAACCAGAAUUAAAACUACAAUGUAUCCAAGUGCAGAAAGUGAGAUAUGUUUGGGACAACUUGGAGAGGAGGUUUCAGAAAGUUGGGUUGCUGGAAGACAGCCACUCCUGCUAUGACAUCCAUCACACAUUCGGACUGGGUCUGACCAGUGAAGAACAGGAGGUCAGAAGAUUAGUGUGCGGGCCCAAUGCCAUUGAGGUUGAAAUCCAACCCAUAUGGAAGCUGCUUACUAAACAGGUUUUAAAUCCAUUUUAUAUGUUCCAAGCCUUUACCCUAACUUUGUGGCUGUCUCAAGGUUACAUAGAAUACUCUGUGGCCAUCAUCAUCUUGUCGGUUAUCUCCAUCGUCUUAAGUGUGUAUGAUUUGCGACAGCAAUCCGUGAAGCUGCACAAGCUCGUGGAGGAUCACAACAAAGUCCAGGUUACUGUCAUCGUAAAAGGCAAAGGUUUACAGGAGCUGGAGUCCCGUCUCUUGGUUCCUGGAGAUAUCCUCGUUCUUCCAGGCAAAUUUUCAUUGCCCUGCGAUGCUGUUCUGAUUGACGGAAGCUGUGUGGUGAAUGAAGGCAUGCUCACAGGAGAAAGCAUACCUGUUACAAAGACACCAUUGCCCCACACGGAGAAUACCAUGCCCUGGAAAUCCCACAGCUUGGAGGACUAUCGGAAACAUGUCCUUUUCUGUGGAACAGAAGUGAUCCAGGUCAAGCCCUCUGUGCAGGGGCCAGUAAGAGCAGUGGUUUUGCAAACAGGUUACAAUACAGCCAAAGGGGACUUGGUGAGAUCCAUCCUCUAUCCCCGGCCUCUGAACUUCAAACUCUACAGUGACGCCUUCAAGUUCAUAGUGUUCCUGGCCUGCCUCGGAGUUGUGGGUUUUUUCUAUGCCCUUGGUGUAUAUAUGUACCAUGGAGUUUCUCCAAGAGAUACGGCGACCAUGGCGCUGCUCCUCCUCACCGUGAGUGUCCCUCCCAUACUGCCAGCUGCCCUGACCACAGGCAUCGUGCACGCACAGAAGAGGCUGAUGAAAAGGAAAAUCUUCUGUAUCUCCCCACAGAGAAUCAACAUGUGUGGACAAAUAAACCUCAUGUGCUUUGACAAAACUGGCACUCUUACAGAAGAUGGGCUGGACCUCUGGGGGACUGUCCCUACUGCUGACAAUUGUUUCCAGGAAGUCCAUAACUUUGCCUCCGGCAGGGCUUUGCCAUGGGGCCCACUGUGUGCAGCCAUGACUAGCUGCCACUCUCUGAUCCUUCUAGAUGGGACCAUCCAGGGAGAUCUACUGGACCUCAAAAUGUUUGAGGGCACCGCCUGGAUAAUGGAAGAUCGCAAUGUAGACCGCUGCAAAUUUGGGAUGUCAGACUCAAACAUAGUAAUAAAACCGGGACCAAAAGCCAGUCAGAGUCCCGUGGAAGCCAUCACUGUCUUAUGCCAGUUUCCCUUUUCCUCGAGCCUGCAGAGGAUGUCUGUGGUUGCUCAGCUGGCGGGGGAGGAUUACUUCCAUGUCUACAUGAAGGGCGCCCCGGAGAUGAUGGCCAAGUUCUGCAGAGCCGAAACAGUGCCCGAGAAUUUCCCACAAGAGCUGAAGAAGUACACAAUGCAAGGCUUCCGUGUCAUUGCCCUUGCCCAUAAAGAUUUGAGGUUGGGGAAAAUUUCAGAAGUUCAGAGUUUAUCCAGAGAGACGGUAGAGUCAGAAUUAACAUUUCUGGGACUUCUCAUAAUGGAGAAUCGCUUGAAAAAGGAAACCAAACCAGUGUUGAAGGAACUAAACGAGGCCCGCAUCAGAACUGUGAUGAUUACCGGUGAUAACCUGCAAACAGCCAUUACUGUCGCAAAGAAUUCUGAAAUGAUUCCUCGAGAGAGCCAAGUGAUCCUAGUUGAAGCCAGUGAGCCGGAAGAGUCUGUUUCUGCCACUGUGACCUGGCAGUUGGUAGAGAACCAAGAGAAUGAACCUGGGAAGAAUGAAACCUGCAUUAACAUUGGAAACAGUUCAGUGCCUGCUGGAGAAAAAGGGUGCUGUUAUCAUUUCGCAAUGAGUGGGAAAUCAUAUCAAGUGCUACUUCAGCAUUUUAACAGCUUGCUUCCAAAAAUUCUGGUGAAUGGAACCAUUUUUGCAAGAAUGUCUCCUGGGCAGAAAUCCAGCCUUGUUGAAGAAUUUCAGAAAUUAAAUUAUUAUGUGGGCAUGUGUGGAGAUGGAGCUAAUGACUGUGGGGCUUUGAAAAUGGCUCAUGCAGGCAUUUCCCUGUCAGAGCAGGAGGCAUCUGUGGCAUCCCCUUUCACCUCAAAAACAGCCAACAUCGAGUGUGUGCCUCAUCUCAUCAAAGAAGGCCGAGCUGCUCUGGUUUCAUCCUUUGGGGUGUUUAAAUACUUGACCAUGUAUGGCAUGAUCCAGUUUAUUGGUACAUCGCUGCUCUAUUGGCAACUACAACUCUUUGGGAAUUACCAGUAUCUCGUGCAAGAUAUAGCCAUUACCCUGACGGUCUGUUUAACAAUGAGUUCAACUCAUGCAUACCCAAAACUGGCUCCAUACCGACCGGCAGGACAGCUCCUCUCUCCUCCUUUACUGCUUUCAGUCUUUUUGAAUGUUUGUUUCACCUGCAUUGUACAGAUCUGUGCAUUUCUCUAUGUGAAACAGCAACCCUGGUAUUGUGAGGUCUACAAAUACAGUGAGUGCUUUCUGAACAACCAAAGUAAUUUCUCAACAAAUGUGAGUUUGGAAAGAAACUGGACUGGAAAUGCAACUCUGAUCCCUGCUUCAAUGCUGAGUUUUGAGAGUACCACGCUGUGGCCCAUCACGACCAUCAACUGCAUCACAGUGGCAUUUAUCUUUUCUAAGGGAAAGCCAUUUCGAAAACCCAUCUACACAAACUAUAUAUUCUCACUUCUGCUGAUAUCUGCCUUGGGCCUCACAGUUUUCAUUCUGUUUUCUGAUUUUGAAGAUAUAUACCGCGGGAUGGAGUUCCUCCCAACCAUAACGUCAUGGAGGGUUUCGAUUUUGGGGGCCUGCUUCACCCAAUUCUGUGUGGCCUUCUUUGUAGAGGAUGCCGUCCUUCAAAAUCGAGAGCUCUGGCUAUUGAUCAAAAAAGAAUUUGGAUUCUACUCUAAAAGUCAAUACAGGACCUGGCAAAAAAAGCUGGCAGAAGACCCAACCUGGCCUCCCACUAACAGGACAGAUUAUUCAGGUGAUGGUAAAAGUGGAUUCUACAUCAACCAAGGCUAUGAAAACUCUGAACAGCUUCCAAGAGAAAAACUUGAAAGGGGGCGCCAAACCACAGAAGAGCAUUUUUGGACCAUAUUAUAAUCAGAGUUGUCAUUGGACAUGCUUAACAGCGUCCACUCCCUUUUCUCCCCCAGAAACUAAAGCACUGUGGAGAGGUGUUGAUAAUCUACCCUUUCUUUUCUCUCUCCAUCUGAGGACUCAGAGCACAUUUCUCAGUGUAGUGAGCUUUGCAACAAAGGACCUUAAAUACGCUUGUUUUGACUGUAUCCUCUACCAUUGAGGAAAAAAAAAUAAUUGCUUGGACUAUUAUCUUUCUUCUAAUAAACUUUGCUCACAUUGCAUAGCAUUAUCCUGGUUAAAAUGCACAACUUUUCACAGUAGUGAAGUUAAUAGUAUGAACAUCAACAAAAGAAAGGAAAACUGAAGAAGGAUUUGAGCUUUGAAAGUUUCAGCAAUAUAUGUUUAUUUUCAUCUACAGUAAAAAAAUAAUUUGAAACAAAAAGCCUUGUCUCAAGAAAACGUCACAAGUUUACUUAAUUUUAUAUUUACUUGCAAAGGACAUUUGUGUAUAUAACUUUUUCCAAGAUCACAAAAUUCCUCUUUUUCCUUCUUUUGUAUGGUUUUAAAAGAAAAACAAGAAUUGACAUUUACUACAGGUAAUUCAACUGUAACUGUAGUAAGCUGGAGCUAUGUGGAAGUGGAGAAUGAUGGAGGUUUCUGUUUAUUGUAUAUAAUCUUGGCUUGGGCACAGCUAACAUCUAAAGAAACUCUACCAAAGUCGGUAUCUCCCAAAGUAUAUAUUGUUUUGGAGCCAGUGGGCUAGAAAGUCCAGAAUAGAUCCCACAAUGGUAAUAAAAUAAACUGUUAAAUGUAUUUUUCAUUUAAAGAAGCAUAGCACCUUUAUUUACUCUUUUUUUACUGAUAGAUGAAAAGCUCAACUUCUAACUCUGAAAGUUGGCCCAAACUCACCAUUGCUCUUGAAAAAACAAUCCUAGGGAAGGGUGCCAUCAUGUUUUUAUCUACAGCCUGGCAAUUAUCAGGCUACUAAACAAUCUUAAAUUCCAUUACAUCUUUUUAUUAUGUAAGUCAAUUAUUAGAUGCCCAUUAACGACCACAAGAAAUAGUACAUCUUUUACAAAUAUAUUGUGUACAUUAUUACCUUUAAAAUAUCAACCCCACUAUGAACUUGAGAGGACAUUUAUUCCUAAUGAACAUUUUAUAUUACCUACUACUGU